AGUGACUCCCCCUUGAAAAUUAAUAAUUUAUUUAUUUCAAUUAUAAUUUAAAAUUAAUAUUUUAAAAUUUAUUAACAAUUUAUUAAUUAUUAAUUGGUUGAUUGGUUGAAAAUUGGUCUGAUGUUAUGUGUGAGUGGCGAUGAGUGUUUUGGGCUUUGACGACACGAAUUACACCAUGAGUGAUCACUACUCUCACACCGAAGACUCCACACUUAACUUCUUCGAAAUUCCACACUCCCAAAUCGCAAACUCUCUCUUCAACAUGUCGAAUUAUGCUGAGUUGGAGGUACGGAAUUUACACCCAAAUGACAUCAAGCUAAUGCGUAAAGCCUUUAAAUCCUUUACCUUACAAUAUUACGAUUUGGUGAGGGAAUCGAUAAUGGAGACGUUGUCGUUGAUGUUGAGCAGGAAACAUUACAAUCAGUUGGUCUACAAAUCCUUUCUCAUCGCUCACAAGAGGAUUAGGUUGAGUGAGAUGAUGGAUGAGGCUGAGAUAUUUGGGAUGCGGGAGUUGUUGUAUCAGUGGCGUUUACACACACUAAACCGGACUACCAUGCGGGAGAAUGAAGUUAAGGCCAAGCUGUUCCACCAGACCCUGAUCAACUCAAAGUAUUUCAAGCUCUUCCAACAACUUCUAACACUCAGGACCAACAAGAUUCUCAAAUUGAUGCGUGUGGUGUGUUUGAUGGAGAAGAAUGUGGUGAAUAACGUGUUGAGGCCGUGGAGUAGCCUGAGUAAAAAGUAUAAAAGAUUACAACUCUGCAAAGAAGAUAUCAACAACAAUUAUAACAAGUAUUUGAAGUGUAUGGUGUUGAAUGGUAUGUGUAAGGUGUAUAAUAGAAGAAUUGGUGUUUACUUACUCGACGUUUUCAUCGUCAAACGCUCCAAAUCCAAUUUCCUACACUCUCUCACACACUUCUAUCAUUACUCCCUUAAAUUGGAGGACAAGCUGUGUAAGAGUAUGAGGCGUAUGAGGAUGGAGAAGAUAUUUGACAUUUGGCGAUUCGCCUCAUUAUACAAACUCUCCACUCAAUUCUACCACUACAAACUCAAAUCCAAAUCCCUACACCAUUGGCGGAGGUACGGUGUGGAUAAGAAGUUACUGAGGAAGAAAUUUGAGUUAUUGAAACGUGAAGUUGAUACUAAGCUUUUACAACUUUACUACCACAAACUUACACACUCCUACACCAGCAUAAAGUUGAGAAAAAAGUUACUUCACAACUUAGUCACCACCGUAGACAUUACCUCCAAGAAAAUAACAUUACAAUUGUUAUACAAUAAUUAUAAGAGUAAACUGAGAGAGGAUAUGAACAAGAGAAAGUGUGAGAGGUAUUGUAAGAGUGUGUUGUACCGUAGAGUAAUGUCGAUACUAUCGUCAAACGCCAUUAGAAGAUGUGAGAAAAGGGAUAAACUGACCCUGGCUACGAUAAGUUAUAAAAGAUAUUUACUGUCAAAUGCUUUUAACGAGUUGGUAAAAUUAUACUCUGAGAGGCUCCGGAGGUAUGAAAAUUUACUCAUAAAGUUUAAUAACUUAAGGGAUUUAACACUCAAAAAAUCCCUAUUCAAGGUCUUAAAACAGGCUAUUCAAAAGUCACAACAUCUUAAUCAUAUACAACAAACAUUGUGUCUGAGCUAUGAGAAAUACCUGAAGAAGACCAUCUUCAAGAGAAUGGAACACAUAAUAACAACCAAUUCUAACCGUAAAAACGCGCUAGUCAGUGAACUGACCAAUUUACUCCUACGCUCCUCUGACCAAAGUAUGACGGGGCUUAGGCUAUUUGUGACCCCUUUGAAGAGUGAGUUACUAGUGUUCACACUGUAUUUAUUAACGUUAAAUACAAGAUUUCACUAUACCUACGAUUUGUACUAUGAACUAUCCGACGACGACCUCAUCAACUCACUUCUCAACACUAUUAACACGGAUCAGCUGACAGAGUUCAGAAAGAACAAUAAAGCCUUACUAUACCAGUUAACUCUUUCAUUUAUCUCAACAAAUGUAACCACUGGUAUGAGUGAUAUACCACUCCCAGUGUCAGAGCUACUGCAGCAACUCUUCAUGCAGCAACUAUCCAUGCAGCAGCUAAGUAACAAUAGUAUUACUGAAAUAUUACGUAAACUACCCGUGUGGAAACUAAUAAACCUAAGAUUUUUAUUAUUGAGGAAGCCGAAAAUAUUAAAAUCCUGGCGGUAUUUGACUGCGCAGAUGAUUACCAGGCGUGUGUGCGACUCGGAGUUUCUGGACAAUUUCAGCCAAAUCAACGCAAUGCUCAGGAAGUCCAACGUCUUCAGCCACUGGUUACAACUUUCUACAGAGUUUAAACAUGAGAAAUUACGUGUUAAGGAGCAACUCUACACACGGUUCUACGACCACAUAAACAGUGUGGUGACUGCUAGAAAAUCAGUUCCCUACACAUUAUUAUAUUAUAAUUAUGUGAUUAGUGAGGGUACGGGAGUGGAAUUGGUUGAAAAGGUGAGAAAUUGGUACUGGUCGUUUCUAAGGCGGAACCCCCAGGCAUCAGCCCCGAUCCUCAGAAUCCUGUGGUUACGGAGGAUAUUUACACACUGGCACGCGUACGUCAUGGACGACCUCAGCAUCAAAAGAGUUGCAAGCGAGUUUUGCAGAAUCAGCAUCCUCUUUAAAUCCUUUAAAAUUUGGUUCAACGCAACAGCAUUGAGGAAUACCAAACACGAACAAAUGUGUCAAAAUAUUAGACACACCGUUGAUAUUCUGUUGAAAGAGUGGGUCCUGGUGGGAUGGUAUAGAAUUAGUAAACUAAACACAGUCCUAACCGCCAAGAAAUAUCAACUCACACACAAACUCUUCAGCCAGUGGCAUAAUUAUACAAGUUAUAAAUCAUUGUUAAACUGUCACCACAACACUAUUAACAAAAGGACGAGUAGGGGAUUGUUAAUGAAGUAUUACAACGUGUGGUAUGAGGCGUACGAGUGCAGGAUGAGAGAAUAUUACAACUCCGAGCAGUCGUCACAGUAUAAUAAUCUGAGAAUAAAGAGGAGACACUAUGCGUAUUGGUCUGGGUACUGUAGGAAAAAAGUGCACUUACUACAGUGCCAACGGGAGAUUAGAGAUAAUUACGCCCUAAAUCUCAAGAAUUAUUAUCUUACACUUUUGGGCACAAUUUGCAAACUCAAGCAGUUACACAAUCAAAGCGUUUUGAACAGAAGUUUAACCACGUUUAAACUACUUUUAUUCACCAAAAAAAUGGGAACUCUGGUGCAAACCACUCUUGAGAAUAGUGUAAAGGAGGGUGCCAAACGGUUCCUCAGUACGCUAUACCACACGGUGGAAACUCAGAGAAAGCUGGACAAUACUAUGAGAAAUGAGAAGAUGUAUUUGCUGUUGUAUAAAUUGAGUAAUGUGAAGUUUGAUCGGACACUCCGGGGGAUCCGGAUACUAAACGCCAACGCCUAUUAUAACAUACGGUACAAAAUUGUACAAAGGAGACAUUAUCGCACGGUUUUAGCAAAUUGCUACGCACACUGGAAGCUAAUCACCACCAAACACGCCUUCUGGCACACGAAACUUUGUCUUCUAUCACAUACUAAUCAUAUUACUGGUGUGUCAGAUGAUACUACUGGAGAUACUGAGGAUACUGAGGAUACUGGAGAUACUGAGGAUACUGAUGUGACAGUGGAAAUGUGUGAAAUUAGGAUAAAAUAUGUGAUUCGAUGGUGUAGGAGGAUGAUUGUGUGGUGGAGGAGUGAGUGUGGAGUGUUGCGUGUGGACGGCUCGAGUUUGGGUGAGAUUUACGUUUUUGCUAGGACUAAUCGGGUGGUAGAGGCGCUGAGAGCGUUACAGGAAAACUGCUUAGCCCUGGAUUUACUACGAGUUUGCAGAGUCAGAGUCAGGGACUUUGUAGACGCCAGGGACUUGAAGCUCAAGUCUAAAGUGUUCAAAUAUCUAAAGGCAGAACUCCUAGAGAAUGAGCUCUCACAAAUCCUAACUCUACAAGAUGCUAAUCAAUAAUAUUCACACUAUAU